AUGAAGCUCAAGGUCCAUUGGACAUGGGUGGCUUUGCUCCUCGGGCAAGCUUUGGCUCAGCAGGAGCAAGAAGAAUGGGAAAUUGGAUGCCCUGCGGUCGACCCCUUGGAGCCAACGACCUCCUGGGAAACUUCUUCUCCUACAACGAGUACCGAGAUCCCCAGUGUCACUAUCGUGGACGAAGAUGACUGGGAUAUCGGCUGCCUGGCAGAUCCAUCCAGUGCCGAUGCCGGAUCUCAGCCCCUGAUAAGCGGCAUCACAAUAUCAUUCGACGGUGCCCCAACAGGGAGGCCUGUAGACAGUGGUGUCGACAAUACCAGGCCAGCUCCGCAGCGGCCAUCUGGCCCAGCCGGUGGUAAGGUGCAACAAGGACAACCCGCGCCAGGAUCUGGCCAUGCAACGAGGCCAGCUGGACAUAGGCCAAGCUUUGCUGUUACUAUCCCGUUCGAGGAUAACGGCACGCCGGCUACCACACGACAGCCAGCUGAACAGCCUUCUCCCAGUGGUGAUGCUACUCCUGGCCUUUCCUCAGGCAAGCAGGGUGGGACAACUGUGGUCCCUGUCAUCCUAUCAUCCCCAAGUAGCCAAAGCAGCAUGAUUCCAGGAAAUUCGGGUAUCUCCAGCUUGUCCGAGGCUCCGGCUAGUGGAUCCAGCUCCAGUAACUUUGAGCCCACAGACCUGCCAACUACUCGUCUCACCAGUGAACGUGCAUCACCAACCACAUCGGCUACUGCUAGCGGCGGCGGCGGCAGUAACCUAUCUUCACCAGCGAUUUCGCUCACAGCCUCAACUUCUCCAGGACCUAUAGCUACCUCUGGAGUUAUCCCGAACCUUGUCAGCAAUGGCGGAUUCGAGGAUCUAUCUUCUUGGAAUCUAGAAGGGGAGGUCACUGGGAUGGGAUGGGACGCCAAAACAUCCAACGGCAUCAUGGAGUCGCAUACAGGCGACCGCUUCCUCGAGACAUUCAUCCCCGACGAAGGUGCUCGAGGCUCUCGAAGACGCGAUCUGUUCAAUAGGCAAGCCGAUACCCCUGGCCGGCUUGUUUCAACGAUCUGGCAAAGCAUGGCAGAAAUGCCCCUUGGGGAGCCCGUUGUCUGCUCAGUGUACUUCAACUACGCAACGGACUCCCGUGACAACCUCACUCAGGUGGCUGUCCGUGUCAAGGUGGGCAACACCAUCUGUGCGGAAAGUAUGCCUGUCGAGCCUGGCAGUCGGUGGCGCCGAGCUGCCAGUAUCGAGCCCGUUAUAUUGUCGAGUGACGACCAGAAUGAUGGCGUGCUCCGCGUGGAGAUGUUUCUCGUGGAUCCCUCCAAUAUCGAGGAUCAGCAUCACGACAUGGUUGUUGGCCUGGACUCUCUCGGUGUCGGUCAGAGCAACGAUGUGAAUGCGUUGUUCUUCGAGGAUCUCCCACCCGAUGAGACUGAACCUACAAGUACUGAGGCAGCUGUUGCUUCUACGUCACCCACCGAGAUAGGGGGUUCUUCUAGUGAUGUUCCAAGUGUGACGACGGAGCCGACUACAAGUGAUGACAGCUCAGAUACCACACCGCAAUCGCCUACUGAAGCCUCUGGCACGUCUGAGACUAAUGGUGCCACUGAAAUUACAACGACAGAGCCGCCGGUGAUCACUACAAACCCUUUCGAGCCGUCUACGUCCGAGUCAGGGAGUACCACAAGGCCGGAUGAAUCCGGAGUUCCGUCAAAGACAGCGGAAACCUCUGAACCUCCAGUGACCUCGACCGCAGAGUCAGAUUCAGCAGCCUCAGGAACAUCGAGUGAUCUCUCCACAGCCACAGAGAGUGUCCCAACGACAUCUGACGAGCAAUCAGCCACCCCGACCACCAGCUUGUCUUCGCCGAGUUCCUCAGAUGAUCCCGGUGUUACCACCACGGAUGAGCAGGAACAGACCACAAGUGAGGAUCCGACUAGCACGACUGAGGGCGCAACCCUCACUACCCAGCCCUCUCCAACCAGCAGCGUCAAUUCGGAGCCGAGUAGUGAGGACAUCGGCACCACCACGAGCGAGGUGAACUCGUCUGAUGAUCUAGUUGCCACUACCUCAACUGCGGAAUCGUCUACCACGUCCACCAGCAAUGAGGAGCCGUCGAGCACUGGCAAUCAAACAUCAGUUGAGACUGCCAGUUCAACGACCACAGAGAUACCUGAGACAACUAGUGACCAAGAGACGCAGACAGAGGAGCCGACUGUCACUUCAACGAGCCAAGCAAGCACCUCAGAUCAGGAGCAGCCCACAACAGACGGACCUUCAAGCACUUCGGACAGUGAGCUCAGCGCGACUAGCCAGGAAGUGUCCGAAACCGAGCCCAUGACGUCAACUUCCGAGAGUCCGUCGGUUACCACCAGUGCGGAGGAGUCAGCUAGGGAUGAGCCCUCAAGCACUUCAGAGGGUGCAACUUCGACCACAGAACAGGAGAGCUCCACCAUAGCCGGGCCCUCCAGCACAUCUUUGGAUCAGACUGUUUCGACAAGUGAGCUAGAGUCAUCUGAGACUGCAACUGUGGCUCCGAGUGAAACGGCGUCCACAACAGAAAACCCAGUGACCACAACCUCAGACCAGAUCUCCUCGUCGCAGACAAAGAGCUCUGAGAUCCCUACAGGAGAGCCAACAGAGACUAGCCUGGAUGCUCAGGAGCCUUCCGUUACGACAGACCCGAAUCCUCCACUACAGGCUCCUCUAGCCAGACGGAUGAAACUACGGGAACACCAGAGACCUCCGAUACAGUCACAUAUCGGAAAUCACAACAGUGACAACAGACGAGCCUACAGUCACACCCACUGGAUCUGGAACUUCUGA